GAGCAGCUUAGUAUUGCCCCGACCGUGAUCACAAAAGGUUGUAUUUUUUUAGGGUGGCGUAGAGAUUAUUAAAGGUGGUCCUAACCUACUUUUUGGCAUUCGGUUGGUUACUCAUUAUCGUGCAUCAAAGGGUUGUGAAUGGUUGUGAAGUAUAAGGGUGGCUCGAGUACUCAAAACAAAAAUCUUUGAGCGACUCGUCCAGGCUUUCAUCUAGGGGUUGUUUAUAGUAACGUUGUAUCGUUGACGCAUCGCUGACGUGGUAUUUCCUGAUAAAUAACAAAAUAAUUUAUGAAAAACUUAAUACUUGUUUCACUCGAUUUUAUUUAUAUUUUCAAAGACUUUCAACUAUUGCCUUACUAUUGAUUUCUAGUAGGAAGUGUGAUCGAUCGAGGUUCUCCUAAUUUCAAUUGGAGCAACGCGAAAGUUCUCUUACAAAAAAAAAGAGACAGGAAAGAACGGAGGAUCGAUCGGGACACGUUUAAGCACGUGUUAAUAAUAAUAAGGCAUUCCGUUUAUUACGCUGGACUACGUUUGCCUUGCCUUGUCCUGUUUCUUCAUGUACUUUUGCAUUCAACACUGCUCUAUGUGAUUGUUGCUAUGAAAUUCCUUGAGUGAAUAGUGCAUGGGUGAUAUUGACAGAUGAAAAAUCAUGGUUGCAAAAUUUCAUAAUUUGAAACAGCAUUACGGAUAGAGAAAUUUAUUGUCAUCUGUGCUGUUAAACUGUUAAUGUAAAAAGAAAUAAACAAUGAAGAGUAACGGUGCUAAGUAUGAAAAGUUAUCUCCAAGUGAUGAGGCUCAAAGAAAUCUGAAUCAAGAAUGCAGUAACGAUACGAUAGAAGAGGACUAUAAACGGUUUGCGGAUAUGUGGUUAACUACUGCUGAGUCUGCUGUGCUGGGUGCAGAAGAAGUAGCAGCUAGGCUGAAUGUCGACACCAGGACAGGUUUGGGAUGGAGGGAAGCUGAAUUGCGUAGGCAGCUAGCUGGUUAUAAUGAAUUUAUAGUAAAGGAGGAUGAGCCUACAUGGAAAAAAUAUAUCGAGCAGUUUAAGAAUCCCCUUAUCUUACUGUUGCUUGGAUCUGCUUUUGUCAGUAUAUGUAUGAAACAAUUUGAUGAUGCUGUUAGUAUAACAGUGGCUAUCAUAAUAGUAGUAACAGUGGCAUUCGUACAAGAAUAUCGCUCAGAGAAGUCCUUAGAAGAAUUAAAUAAGUUAGUGCCACCCACUUGCCACUGCUUAAGAGAGGGCCGUUUAGAGACUUUUCUCGCGCGUAACUUGGUUCCUGGUGAUGUGGUGUAUUUAAACAUUGGAGAUAGAGUGCCAGCAGACAUUAGAAUAUUCGAUGCGAUCGACUUAGCAAUUGAUGAGAGUAGUUUCACUGGUGAGACGGAACCUGCACAAAAAUGCACGUCACCUUUACUCAAGACAAAUGGUCAUACCUCCAAGAGGAACAUCGCCUUCAUGGGCACCUUGGUCCGCUGUGGAAAUGGCAAAGGAAUUGUAGUGAACACGGGUGAAAAGAGUGAAUUCGGGGAGAUUUUUGCAAUGAUGCAAGCCGAAGAAGCACCAAAGACUCCCCUCCAGAGAAGCAUGGAUAUUUUAGGUACACAGCUCUCCUUCUACUCCUUUUGUAUUAUUGGAGUUAUCAUGCUUCUGGGCUGGAUCCAAGGUAAGCCACUCCUUGAGAUGUUCACCAUCAGCGUCAGCUUAGCUGUAGCAGCCAUACCGGAAGGACUCCCAAUCGUCGUGACAGUUACCCUAGCAUUAGGAGUCAUGAGAAUGGCUAAGAGGAAGGCCAUUAUUAAGAAGUUACCUACUGUCGAGACUCUAGGUUGCGUGAAUGUCAUUUGUUCUGAUAAAACCGGGACUAUUACCAAAAAUGAAAUGACUGUAACAAUCCUGGUAACUUCUGAGGGUUAUGUGGCUGAUGUCAGUGGAGCGGGUUAUAAUGAUCAGGGUAAUCUUCAUCUACGUAAAUGCGACAAUAUUGACCUUGCUCGUGCUGCUAUCAAUAAUAUGUUGGAGGUCGGGUGUGUUUGCAAUAAUGCCAUCAUACAGAAUGAAACACUAUUAGGUCAGCCAACCGAAGGUGCUUUGAUAGCUGUUGCUAUGAAAAACGGAAUGUAUGGUGUGUCCGAAAAAUAUCUGAGACUUCAGGAAUAUCCGUUUUCUUCUGAGCAAAAAAUGAUGGCUGUUAAAUGUACACCAAAGUAUGGCGAGAAUAAAGAAGAAAUCUUUUUCGUAAAAGGCGCUAUGGAAAAGAUUUUACCACAAUGCACCAAAUAUUCCGCCAAUGGUCAACUGUACUCCCUGAAUCAGAAAAAAGAACAGGAAUUUCUAACAGAGGCUUAUGACAUCGGGAGAAAGGGUUUAAGAGUUAUUGGUUUGGCUCGUGGUUCGUCCUUACAAGAUCUAGUUUACGUGGGUCUGGUUGGAAUUUGCGAUCCGCCUAGACCUCAUGUACGCGAGUCCAUAACAACUCUUGUGAAUAGUGGAGUGAAGAUCAAGAUGGUCACAGGAGAUGCCAAAGAAACUGCUGGGGCAAUUGCUAGUAUGAUUGGACUCGAUACGAUUCACAUGAGAUUGAUGUCUGGGGAUGAGAUUGAUAUGCUUUCAGAGCAUCAAUUAGAACAAAUAAUUGAUAAUGUCAGUGUUUUCUAUCGCGUCACUCCAAAGCAUAAGUUGUGCAUAGUCAAAGCAUUACAGAAGAAUGGAAACAUAGUGGGAAUGACUGGUGACGGUGUAAAUGAUGGUGUUGCUUUAAAAAAGGCUGAUAUUGGCAUUGCAAUGGGUAAGAAUGGUACGGAUGUCUGCAAGGAAGCUGCCGACAUGAUCUUGGUGGAUGAUGAUUUUGAAACAAUCAUUGCUGCUAUUGAGGAGGGUAAAGGUAUCUUUCAUAACAUUCGUAACUUUGUUCGAUUUCAAUUGAGCACAAGCAUAGCAGCACUUUCUCUGAUUGCCCUGGCUACUUUAAUGGGAAUACCCAACCCGCUGAAUGCUAUGCAAAUUUUAUGGAUCAAUAUAAUUAUGGAUGGACCACCUGCUCAAAGCUUGGGUGUUGAGCCUGUUGACAAGGAUGUUUUGAAACAGAAACCUAGAAAUACUAAGGAGCCUAUGAUCACUAAUCAUCUCAUAAUAAAUGUCCUACUAUCCGCAGCUAUUAUUAUAUUGGGUACUCUUUGGGUAUAUAAUAGAGAAAUGACUUCUGGUGGAAUUACUGCAAGAGACACUACGAUGACGUUCACCUGUUUUGUCUUUUUCGAUAUGUUUAAUGCUCUGAGUUGUCGGUCACAGACGAAAUCCAUAUUUACUAUUGGUGUAUUGAGUAAUAAAAUGUUCCUUGUGGCGGUAACGUUGUCCGUCGUGGGUCAAAUGCUGGUCAUUUACUUCCAUCCGCUGCAAAAAGUGUUUCUAACAGAAGCUCUUACACUCAAAGAUAUAGUGUUUCUGGUGACAUUAACGUCCAGCGUCUUCGUGAUUAGCGAGAUCAAGAAGUUUCUCGAGAGGCAAUUGGAGAGGCGGCGGACCAGUGGCCGAUAUUACAGUAAGUCUGAAAUGGACUUCGUAUGACAAUUACAGUCGACCGGCGAGACAGAGAAGCCUCACACGGAAUAAACAAGGAUAGCAAUAGUGACAAGUAGUCCUCCCCAUUUUCCAAAACUCCUAAAUCCUUUACAAAGUCCUUGCCUUGCGUUCUUAAUCUCAACUGUUAAACAAGAAGGUAAUUCAGUAACUGUUUCUCUGGUUCUCUAUAAACACACUCCCCUUCUAGAAAUGGCAAAUCGGGAUGAACUAUUGAGAUUAGUCUUUUCUAAACUUGUUAGAAUUCGAAUGAACAUUUUUCAGGCAGCAAGAUACCUGCCUCGAAUUCUCUCUGGAUUAGAGAUACUCGAUUAUAGAAGACGAACGCGUAGUGAUUGGCAAGGAUGGACUUUUCUUAUCCCACUCAUCUUUCUCUUUGUGAACUUCCCUUACGCUGUUUUUCUCUUCUUUCUUUUAUUCCUUCCUUCUAUCUUCGUAUCUUAAAUUUUCAUCAAUUCGAAAAUCCGUUAUCAACGCAAGAAUUAAUGUCAUCUCGGACGCCGGGUAAAUAUUAAAUGCAGACCAGAGUCAAAAAUGCAUUUGAACUUGCAAGUAACCAGUGAUUUGUUUAACUGGAGGCUUCUUGAAAAAAGAAGAAAACUGCAUUUUUUCCCAAGAAAAUGGUUAGACAAUGGCGGAUUUUUGUAACGAAAUCGUCAAUUAUUCUCGGACAGGCCAUUAUUUUUGUUUUCUACUAUUUAUUCUCGCGGUCCACGUUAGAUGUUAACUCGAUCGCCUAAAACUUCCUGUGAACACUUAAAAUACUCGGAAGUCUGUUUCGACAGUAAAAUCAAGAAUUCUACAGUACGUUAAUUGAUUAGUACGACGAGAAUGAUCUCAAUAGAUUAAUAAGACAUACCUGCUCGAUUCCUGCAAAAAGCCGUAUAUGAAUGAAAGCAAGCAGUGAGUCACAGGACGUUUUACGUUUAUCGUGGAAUACGCGAGACUGCAUUUAUUACCUUUUAAAAUUUAUAUUCUAACACGCCCAUUGUAUCGCGUAGACUACGUUACACUUUCAUUUCAAAAGUUGACAAAGGUGUUAGUGCUGUCAUUCCAUAUAUUUUAAUUGUACAAGUGGCAUACCCCAUGACUUUAUAGAAUGUACGUAGUAAUUUUAUAAAAUCCGAAGAACAAAGAAAAUACAUGACCAAGACAUUCUUUUCUGCUUUUUCACUUGCAACGACUAAUCACCUGUGAAGCACGCAACAAAAUCACACAUAAAUCACUUGUACAAUGAUUUAACACUAUUUCUCUAAUAUUAAUAUCAUCGUCGUCGUCGUUUAUAGCACUACACGAAAGAGAAUUAGUACGAUCAUAUUAUAAUGAAGCAGUACAUUCACACGAUCGCUAAUUAUAUAAUGGGAACCAUAUAAAAAUCACUAUGAAGUCAGUAGACACUUUAUACUAGCACACAGCAUAGAAGCAGAAUCUCGCAUACGAUUUUUAUUCAUGGUAUAAUCACGUUUUUCACCUGAUUCUCAAAAGGCACAAUAUUUAGAGCAAAACUAAAAAUGUCAAUGGUAAAUUUUUAUCUAGCAACUACGAAUAAUACCUAGAAACGCAUGUACCAAUUUGCAGGCAGAAAAAUGAAAGUGGUUUUAAGGAUGUCCUUGAAGAUCAUUUUAUUGUAGAGAAGGUACUACAUAGACUUUGCAAACAUAUUAUUCUGCGAAAUUACGCUACUUAUCGUGGUUAUUCUUUGUAUCGGCGGGCAUAAUGUUGAAAUAAUUUUUGUAUGGUUCAUUUAUAAGCGCGCAAGAUCGUGGAACAUUAAAAAGAAAUCUACAGCAAUUUUGUUCCACGUUCCUGAAGUCUGUUUAUAUAUCGAAAUCAAUGUGACUGCAUAUCGAAAUCAAUGUGACUGCAUAUCGAAUGUUAUUUAUUCCGCCAUUUCCUGGCAUAAUCGUUACGUUUUAUCCUUAUUGUCGUUCACUCAUUAAGUUGGCGUCACGAUUAUGAAAACUUGCGAGUAAUUAAGUGGAAUGUGAUUGAGCGAUGUGUUUUCCGCAUUGAGAAUGGACGCCUACUUGAUAUCGUAUAAAUGUGUAUUUAAAAUGAAGAAUGAUCAUCAUUAAAUAUCUGGCACGUG